AUGUAUGCCCUUCUUGUGCCAGCUCUGGCAGCUAUCGCUGCCACUAUGGUCUUUGUCAUCCACCCGCUAUACGUCUACUUUCGCGAUGAAAAGGACCUCCGAAAAUAUCCCGCCAUGAACUGGCUGGCCGGCAUCUCGAACCUAGGCUUCAUGUACGAGGCCGCCGUGGGUUUCCGGUCCGACAAGCUGUACCGGCUGCACCAGAUCCAUCCAGUCAUUCGAACUGGCCCCAAUGCUCUCUCUUUUGCCGGCGGACAGGCCAUUAAGGAUAUCUACGGCCACGGCUCACCCUGCAACAAGGACACGUUUUACUCAACGCUGGCCGGCUCGCAUCACCACCUGGCUGACGUGGUAGACCGGCCUGAGCACGCACGCAAGCGCAAGGUGCUCUCGGCUGCGUACGCGCUCAAGAACCUGGAGGAUUGGGAGUUCAAGGUGGCCGACAAGACGGAGCGAUUUCUGCGGGCUUGCGACCGGGCCUGCACAAAACCUCUUCCAGCAGACACAUGCCCAGACGCGGCCGACCUGACGUUUGACUACCGCCAAUACACCAAUUUCUUCACACUGGACGCGAUCGCAGACAUUGGCCUCUCCGAGCGGCUCGGCUUUCUGGACCAGGGCAGCGACGAGUGCGAGGCCGAGGAGAUGGAUGGCGUAAUCAAGCGAGUGCGCUUCCGCGAGGCUCUGCACGCCACAGGCCUGGCACAGACUCGACUCGUCUGGGCGGCCGGAUGGUACGGCUUCAACGUGUGGGCGUCUCGGCUGCUGUCACGGCGCUUUCGCCAGCUCUGGCGCCUCAACACGCACUGGAACGGCAUCGUGUAUCGGCGGGCUCGUGUACGGCUGGACCGCUACAAAGCCGGCGAGCCGCUCAGCGACUUCUUCCAGAGCCUGAUGCACGACCGCACCGGCCGGCCGCACGCGCUCGACUGGGGCGAGAUCGUGGCCGAGGUGUCCAUCAUGAUGAAUGCCGGCUCCGACACGACUGCUCUGGCCAUGGUCAAUGUCAUGUACCAUCUGCUGCGCCACCCAGACGUUCUGGCGAAGCUGCGCAUCGAGGUUGACGGUGCCCUGCAGCCCGACGAGGUCGUGGCGCCGUACCAAAAGGUCAAGUAUUUGCCGUAUCUGCGAGCGGUCCUGGACGAGUCGCUCCGGCUGACACCGCCCACAACGUUUGGCCUACCGCGUCGCACGCCACCCGAAGGCGUUAUGGUCGGGUCUGAACAUAUCGCUGGCGACACCACCGUCAGCAUCUCGGCCUGGGUGGCCCAUCGCGACCCGGUCGUGUUUCCCGACCCCGAGCGGUUCAUGCCCGAGCGCUGGCUCGGUGACGAGGCCAGGGAACUGCAGAGUGGCUUCGUGGCUUUUAGCACCGGUGCACGCGGCUGCAUCGGGCGCAACAUCUCGUAUCUGGAGCAGACGGUGUUGCUGGCGUCGGUGGUCCACCGGUACGAGCUUGCGCUGCCGUCGGAGAACUGGGAGCCGGAGCGGUGGGAGACGACCAACUAUAUGAUGAAGGAGAUGCCGGUGAAGGUGUGGAGGAGGGAGGUGGAGUUGAAGGAAGAGUGA